AUGAAGCAUGCGCAGUGCGUCCGUGCCGGGCGACAGCAUCAGCACCAGCACCAGCACCAGCACCGGCAUCAGCGUCAGGACCCGAAGCCGCGCUCGGGCGCGCUCUCGAGGGCGGGGCGCACGCCCGCGCUGCGCGCACCCGCGCGCCGCCUCAGCAUCCUCGGCCCCAGCAGCAGCCCCCGCAGUCGCUGGAGCGGCCGCGCCCGCCGCAGGGAGGGAGGAGCAUCUGGGGAGGCUCCAACGGCGCCUGCCCGCGCCCUGGCCCGCGCGCCGCCUUGCCGCCUGCUCCUCGUCCUUGUCCUGCUGCCUCCGCUCGCCGCCUCGUCCCGGUCCCGCGCCUGGGGGGCUGCUGCGCCCAGCGCUCCACAUUGGAAUGAAACUGCAGAAAAAAAUUUGGGAGUCCUAGCAGAUGAAGACAACACAUUGCAACAGAAUAGCAGUGGUCACAUCAGUUCCAACAGUGCAAUUCAGAAAGAGAUCACGCUGCCUUCAAGACUGGUGUAUUACAUCAACCAAGACUCGGAAAGCCCCUACCAUGUUCUUGACACAAAGACAAGACACCAGCAAAAACAUAACAAGGCUGUCCAUCUGGCCCAGGCAAGCUUCCAGAUUGAAGCCUUCAGCUCCAAAUUCAUUCUUGACCUCACACUGAACAAUGGUCUGCUGUCUUCUGACUAUGUGGAGAUUCACUACGAAAACGGGAAGCCACAGCUCUCUAAGGGUGGAGAACACUGUUACUACCAUGGCAGCAUCAGAGGCGUCAAGGACUCCAGGGCGGCGCUGUCGACCUGCAACGGACUGCAUGGCAUGUUUGAAGAUAAUACCUUCGUGUAUAUGAUAGAGCCGCUGGAGCUGAUUCAUGAUGAGAAAAGCGCAGGUCGACCACAUGUCAUACAGAAAACCUUGGCAGGACGAUAUUCUGAGCAAAUGAAGAGUCUCAAUGUGGAGGGCAGUGACCAGUGGCCCUUUCUGUCUGGAGUGCAGUGGUUGAAGAGGAGGAGGAGAGCAGUGAAUCCAUCUCGUGGUGUGUUUGAAGAAAUGAAAUAUUUGGAACUUAUGAUUGUUAAUGAUCACAAAACGUAUAAGAAGUAUCGCUCUUCUCAUGCACACACCAAUAACUUUGCAAAGUCUGUGGUCAACCUUGUGGAUUCUAUUUACAAGGAGCAGCUCAACACCAGGGUUGUCCUGGUGGCUGUAGACACCUGGACUGAGAGGGAUUAUAUUGACAUCACCACCAACCCCGUGCAGAUGCUCCAUGAAUUCUCCAAAUACCGACAGCGUAUCAAACAGCAUGCUGAUGCUGUGCACCUCAUCUCACGUGUGACGUUCCACUAUAAGAGAAGCAGUCUGAGUUUCUUUGGAGGUGUCUGUUCUCGUACAAGGGGAGUUGGUGUGAAUGAGUAUGGUCUUCCAAUGGCAGUGGCACAAGUGUUAUCGCAGAGCCUGGCUCAAAACCUUGGAAUCCAAUGGGAACCUUCUAGCAGAAAGCCAAAAUGUGACUGCACAGAAUCCUGGGGUGGCUGCAUCAUGGAGGAAACAGGGGUCUCUCACUCCCGAAAGUUCUCCAAAUGCAGCGUCUUGGAGUAUAGAGACUUUCUACAGAGGGGGGGCGGCGCCUGUCUGUUCAACAGGCCAACAAAGCUCUUCGAGCCCACAGAAUGUGGGAAUGGAUAUGUGGAAACUGGGGAGGAGUGUGACUGUGGCUUCCACGUGGAAUGCUACGGGCUGUGCUGCAAGAAGUGCUCUCUCUCCAAUGGGGCCCACUGCAGCGACGGGCCCUGCUGUAACAAUACCUCGUGUCUUUUUCAGCCACGAGGGUAUGAAUGUCGGGAUGCCGUGAACGGGUGUGAUAUCACCGAGUACUGUACUGGAGACUCUGGCCAGUGCCCACCAAAUCUUCAUAAGCAAGAUGGAUAUGCAUGCAACCAGAAUCAGGGCCGCUGCUACAACGGCGAGUGCAAGACCCGGGACAACCAGUGCCAAUACAUCUGGGGAGCAAAGGCAUCGAGUUCUGACAAGUUCUGCUAUGAAAAGCUGAAUACUGAAGGCACGGAGAAGGGGAACUGCGGGAAGGAUGGAGAUCGAUGGGUCCAGUGCAGCAAACAUGACGUGUUCUGUGGAUUUUUGCUCUGUACCAAUCUUACUCGAGCUCCACGUAUCGGCCAACUUCAGGGUGAGAUCAUCCCAACGUCCUUCUACCACCAAGGCCGGGUGAUUGACUGCAGCGGUGCUCAUGUGGUUUUAGAUGAUGAUACAGAUGUGGGCUAUGUAGAAGAUGGAACGCCGUGUGGCCCAUCUAUGAUGUGUUUAGAUCGGAAGUGCCUACAGAUUCAGGCCCUAAAUAUGAGCAGCUGCCCGCUCGAUUCCAAGGGUAAAGUCUGUUCAGGCCACGGGGUGUGCAGUAAUGAAGCCACCUGCAUCUGUGACUUCACCUGGGCGGGGACAGACUGCAGCAUCCGGGAUCCAGUCAGGAACCUUCACCCUCCCAAGGAUGAAGGACCCAAGGGUCCUAGUGCCACCAAUCUCAUAAUAGGCUCCAUCGCUGGUGCCAUCCUGGUAGCAGCUAUCGUCCUUGGGGGCACAGGAUGGGGAUUUAAAAAUGUCAAGAAGAGGAGAUUCGACCCCACUCAGCAAGGCCCCAUCUGAGUUGGCGGCCCUGGACGACCGGCGCCUUGCACGGUGGCACUCGGAGCGUGACACACUUGCAGCCACGUUGCCGGAACUGCUAAGUCU